GGAACGUAUGCUACAGUGUUUAAAGGAAGGAGUAAACUGACAGACAACCUGGUGGCUCUGAAGGAGAUCAGACUGGAGCAUGAGGAGGGAGCACCCUGCACCGCCAUCAGAGAGGUGUCCUUACUGAAGGACCUGAAACACGCCAACAUAGUGACGCUGCACGACAUCAUCCACACAGACAAGUCCCUGACGCUAGUCUUUGAGUACCUGGUGAGAGACACAAAAACAUUCCCUUCUGUUACAACUUAUAGCCUAUGGUGGAAAGACUAGAUAAUAGAAUGUGAAAUUAAAGGGGUAGUUUGACAAAAAUACAAUUGUAUCUUAUUUUUUUCUGUACUGUUGGUUCAUUCUUAAAGUAUUUUUAAGUCCAUAUAAAAAACAAAUUGCAGGUUCUAUCUAGUGGAUGCUGUGUUGUGGUGUUUUGUAUUGCUGCCGUAUUCUGUGCCCCUUCCUGUUUGAAUGAAUGUCUGCCCCUUCCAGUUUGACUGAAUGUCUGCCCCUUCCAGUUUUGACUGAAUGUCUGCCCCUUCCAGUUUUGACUGAAUGUCUGCCCCUUCCAGUAUUGACUGAAUGUCUGCCCCUUCCAGUUUUGACUGAAUGUCUGCCCCUUCGUGACUGAAUGUCUGCCCUUCCAGUAUUGACUGAAUGUCUGCCCCUUCCAGUAUUGACUGAAUGUCUGCCCCUUCCUGUUUUGACUGAAUGUCUGCCUCUUCCAGUUUUGACUGAAUGUCUUCCCCUUCCAGUUUUGACUGAAUGUCUGCCCCUUCCUGUUUUGACUGAAUGUCUGCCCCUUCCUGUUUUGACUGAAUGUCUGCCUCUUCCAGUUUUGACUGAAUGUCUUCCCCUUCCAGUUUUGACUGAAUGUCUGCCCCUUCCUGUUUUGACUGAAUGUCUGCCUCUUCCAGUUUUGACUGAAUGUCUGCCCCUUCCAGUUUUUACUGAAUGUCUGACCCUUCCAGUUUUGACUGAAUGUCUGCCCCUUCCAGUUUUGACUGAAUGUCUGCCCCUUCCUCUCCACUCACCUGUAGGACAAGGACCUAAAGCAGUACAUGGACGACUGUGGGAACAUCCUGAGCAUGCAGAACGUCAAGGUGAGUGGAGUGUCUACAAGCUGCCUGCCAGGCCUCCGUAUCUCUAUAGAGAAGCAAGGCUCCUCCUGUGGUAGAAAACAUCUGCCCCCUGCUGGUGACUAGUGGAAUAUCAACUCAAUAAUUUGAACGUAUCGGGCUCAAUUAAAACGAAAGCGUAAUUUUAAGCGCGUGAACAAGCAUUAUAUGAGUGAAUGAGAGAAAACAGAUGGGCCGCGAGCAUCUACGGCGUCAUAGCAUGUCAAAUUAGAAAGUCUAUUGUUGUCGCUUCUACACGGAGCAAUGCUGGUAAAGUAAGCGGAUAAGUUUAAAAUAUAUUGGGCUGUAAACUAAUCCGUCAAAUAGGCUAUAUAUUUGAAAACAAUUGCAACCUACUGGUGUUGAUUUCCAUCAUAUAGUCUAGGCAGGCUACGGCUGGAAAACUGGAGGACUCUGAUUUCAAGAGAGAAUACUGUUUUAUGUAGAAAGAACGAGAUGUGGUUGUUUAUAAAUGGCUCGGGUUUAUUAGAAACAACAUCCUCAUAAGCUAGCAAAUCAACAACUGUUUAGUCCAGGUACGGUGGCUCCCUUAGGAGAAUCUAAGGUCAAAAGGAACUCCCAACAAUACCUCCCAGGGGCUGAAAAGCGAACAGAUACAACUGUUUAUUAGGGAUUUUCAUCCCAAUUAUGUUGGCAUACGCUGCGCAGUGUAUGUGAAUUGACGCUCACUACUCUCACACGCGAAUUUCACGCCGUUGACGGGUGUCUCCAUGUGAUUUUGGCUUCACACCACAAAUGAAGUUCUCUCUGGAAAAAUAGUUAUUCUAAUCUAAUGAGAUAUUAGGGAAACUAAUAAGCCUUUAUUCCUACUCACACACAGUAGCUUAAGAUAAUUAUUAUUUAGCUGAUUAUACUAUAUGAUUAUAUUUCCACAGAAGUGUCCUGACUACCAGAAGAGGUCUGACAUCUUUGUUGUUUUGUCUCAGAUCUUCUUGUUCCAGAUCCUGCGAGGUCUGGCCUACUGUCACAAACGGAAGGUUCUACACAGAGAUCUGAAGCCUCAGAACCUGCUCAUCAACGAACGAGGAGAACUCAAACUGGCUGACUUCGGUAAGAGACAUGUUCUCAUUCUGCCCUGGGUUCUGGGGGUUGAUAACCCUGGUUGUUCCUCAAAUACCCUCUUCACACGAUCGUUCCGACCUGAACCACACUGAGCUGGCUCCGAUAUUUACUUUUCACAUGGUCUGGUUCCAGCAACUAUGGUGGAGGCGGAACCAGGCCAGCGCAGUACAGGACAGCUUGGCUCAGUUCGGCAUGAUUGCUGACAUUGAGCCGGUCUAUUCAGUAAAGACAGUAAUGUUCUAUUGUGUAACACAUUGUUAUUUUGUUCCAGGUCUGGCCCGGGCCAAGUCAGUUCCCACUAAGACAUACUCCAACGAGGUGGUGACGCUCUGGUACCGACCUCCUGAUGUCCUACUGGGAUCCUCAGAGUACUCCACACAGAUAGACAUGUGGUGAGUGGGCUGAGGUGAUGUAGAACCAUGAGAGAACCAACGUAGGACCAUGAGAGAACCAAAGUAGAACCAUGAGCAUUUCUUGAGCAUGGGUUAUCAGGAGCCAUGAUCAUCUAAUCUGAAUUAUAUAUGCAAAACUGAAAGCCAUCCUGACCCCUAAAUCGAUCUCUGUAUCUACCACACUCUGGCGGUCUUUAUGUUUCCUUGAAUAAUGAGAAUAGCCAUGCAUCUAAUUUACAGUGGAGGGCAGGAAAAGUUAAGUGGAAAGAUGCGGAUAGACUCCCCCCAUAAAGACAUGUAUUGACUCUAUUUGACCCCUAACCUAAUCUUUUCAACCCCAGGGGUGUAGGCUGUAUAUUCUAUGAGAUGGCUGCCGGGAGGCCUCUGUUCCCUGGCUCUACUGUGGAGGACGAACUGCACCUCAUCUUCAGACUGCUGGGUGAGUGCUGCCACCUAGUGGCGGAAAACAACACAACAUGGUGAUAUUACAUCUAUUUGCUCUCUGUAAUGUAAUUGAAUGUUGUGCACUGUUUUGUGUGUUUUAAUUGUGUUUUGUGUGUUUUAAUUGUGUGUGUGUCAUUUGAAUUUGCUUGUAUAUGCCACGGCACCACGCAUAAAAUUCCCUCUGGAAAAAGUAAAGUUAAUCGAAGUUUACUUUUAAUUUAAUCUACAUCUUUGUAGGCAGUCAGCUGCUAUGCUAAUGCUAAUGCUAAUGCUAAUGCUCCUGUGAAUUCACUCUUCCCCCCCUCCCUUCCAACAGGCACACCCUCAGAGGACAGCUGGCCUGGCAUCUCCUCCAUGGAGGAGUUCAAGUCCUACAAGUUUCCCAAGUACAAGACACAGCCCCUCAUCAACCAUGCUCCCAGGUAUGUAAGGGCUGCAUGCCUGGGCUUGGACCUGUUGGAGUGGUGACAUCACAUUUAAAGGGACAUUUACUUAUAAUUAAAAGUUAGUCAGAUGUUUUCAGACCUCCAAGAGUAGGACACCAGUAGACUACUGUAGUGGUCUGAAAACAUCUGACGAACUUUGAUUUGAGACAUGGUCAUUUAGCAGACGCCUUUUCCGAAGAGACUUACAGAUUCCCACACGGCAACAUGUCCCUUAUCAGCUAGUGUCAAGGUAAAUGAACAUGUGGAAUCCCUGGGUGCUUCCUUUUACUGAAGUGGUAUUACUGGCUUUUCUGCUUUCAAAAAGGGUUUCGUAAAAUAAAAGUUUUCUAAAUGUGUGUGCUGUGCUUUUGUGCUGUGUUUUCUAAGAGUGUGUGUGUGUGUGUGUGUGUGUGCGCACGCCUCCCUUCCUGCGGAGGAAAUCCUGUGGAAUAGUUUACUCUGCUUCUUUCCUAGAGUUCACUACACCACCAUGAGUCACUCCCAUUCAUCUAAACAGAGAGAGAGAGAGCCUCUCUCUUCCUCUCUUCCCAAUUACCGAGUCUAGUCUAGCCUAUGAUCUUUCGCUCUAUCUCUGUUAGAGUCCUUCUUCGCUGUUUCUCUCUCGCUGCUGUCUCGGCUGGUCUCUCUCUCUCUCUCUUCCCUUUCUCUCUCUCCUUUCCCUCGCUCUCUCCCUCUCUCUCUUUUUCCCUCUUCUCUAUCUCCUUCCUUCCCUCCGCUCUCCUACUUUCCUUCUAUCCUCUCGACUCUCUCUAUGAUCUCUCUCUCUCUCUCUCUCUCUCUGUCUCUUCUGCUCUCUCUCUCGGUGUGUGCUCCUUUUUUCUCUCAGGUUGGAUAUUGAUGGCAUUGAACUGCUGCUGUCAUUUCUCAAAGUGAGUCCCACUACAGAUACAAACACAUUAACUCAUUGAAUAAACAAUCCCCUUAUGCGUUGCACCACUGUUCCAACACCUGUAUCUGAAAAAUGGCAACAUGUUGUUGUUACAUUGGGACAGUGUACUUGGACAAAACUGAGAGAAUUGAAAAGGAAAACCUUAUGCACAUAUGGCUUUAACACACCCAUAAUAACUUCACCAGAAGGAAGACGUGUAUAGUACAGUGCUGCAGAACUAAUAUAAUGUAUUUAUCUAGCUUCCUGGAGUUGUAUUGUGGCAUAUUUAAUAUAGCUUAGUUAUUUAGCUUCCUGGAGGCAGGAAUUGAUUUGCAGAGUUGAUGUUUCUCUUUCAUGGCUUCCCUGUCCAAGAACACGCACGCACACACAAACACACACAAACUGUUUAUCUGUCGUUGCUUUCUCAGUACGAGUCCAAGAAGAGGAUGUCUGCAGAUGAGUCGAUGAGACAGCCCUACUUCAGGAGCCUGGGGACAAGCGCACACACACUGCCAGAGAGUGAGUGAUACACACACAGAUACAAAGAGAGAGCUCUAAGUGUUCUGGAUAUGGAAAUCUAAGUGUUCUGGGUAUGGAAAUCUAAGUGUUCUGGAUAUGGAAAUCUAAGUGUUCUGGGUAUGGAAAUCUAAGUGUUCUGGGUAUGGAAAUCUAAGUGUUCUGGGUAUGGAAAUCUAAGUGUUCUGGAUAUGGAAAUCUAAGUGUUCUGGGUAUGGAAAUCUAUGUGUUCUGGGUAUGGAAAUCUAAGUGUUCUGGGUAUGGAAAUCUAAGUGUUCUGGGUAUGGAAAUCUAAGUGUUCUGGGUAUGGAAAUCUAAGUGUUCGGUAUGGAAAUCUAAGUGUUCUGGAUAUGGAAAUCUAAGUGUUCUGGAUAUGGAAAGCUAAGUGUUCUGGGUAUGGAAAUCUAAGUGUUCUGGGUAUGGAAAUCUAAGUGUUCUGGAUAUGGAAAUCUAAGUGUUCUGGAUAUGGAAAUCUAAGUGUUCUGGAUAUGGAAAUCUAAGUGUUCUGGAUAUGGAAAUCUAAGUGUUCUGGAUAUGGAAAUCUAAGUGUUCUGGAUAUGGAAAUCUAAGUGUUCUGGAUAUGGAAAUCUAAGUGUUCUGGAUAUGGAAAUCUAAGUGUUCUGGGUGGUGUGUUUCUUAUCUUUCUUUCACUUUUGAACUUUCUCUAUUUCUGACCCGUGUGUGUGUGUGUGUGUGUGUGUGUGGUGUGUGUUGUGUUGUGUUGUGUGUGUGUGUGUGCAUUACAGGCAUAUCCAUAUUUACACUGAAGGAGGUUCAGCUGCAGAGAGAUCCAGGUUAUAGGAACUCUAACUAUCCUGAGCCAGGUUAGUGGAGUCCCUCAGGGGGAUAAAAAGGUGAGGUUUAACUAAAACCUCAAACUAACACUCAAAAACACACCGGCCCCUGAAAAGGUAUUUUAUAGGGCCUCUAAAUAGUCUCCAUUUACCUACUUUAUUAACAUACUAGUCAGUUGACUUAGCACUGUACAACGAUACUGGUUUAGCAUAACACAAUAGUAGUCUUUUGUAAUGAUUAAUUUCUACUUUUCAAUUGUUUUUUGCUACCCUCAGGCAACGGCAAGAACAGAAGGCAAAGCAUGCUCUUCUAGAAACUGAACGGUGGUGUGUUCAACAGAGGAGGAUGUCCUACCUACAUGAACAGUUAUACAGACAGAGGUGUUUCAGUCCCUGAGAUGGUUGUCUACAAGGGGCCACGGGGGGGUAGGAGGACAACCCCUCAGCCCUCUGUGUGUCCCCCCUUUCUGCCAGGGGCCCCCAUCUACAGUACGGUUUGGCCCAUGGGGGCCCGGGCUAAUGUGAAACUGGCAAAAAAUAGAGACGUUUAUACAUUUAUAUUUAUUGGGGAUAAGAGAGAAUUUGCUGCUACAAAUCCAACUACUGUCUAGAAGAUUCUAACUGGCUCAGUCACUUUAAAAGAAAACAUGCAAUGUGUAUAGAUGUUUUAUUAUUUGGAAGUGGUGACAUUUUAAUUUUCUUUUGUGGUUUUGUCCAUUCAUUUCCGUUACUUUCCACCACAACACACUGUGUGACAGACAGAUAGAUCUUUGCUGUAGCAGAGUCUGACGUUUUGGGAUUUUCUCUUUUCUGUUGCCGUGCGUGGUGCUGUAUUCAAACACCAACCUCCAUAUUUCUGGACCAUUCAAUUCAUAUCACAAGAUACUGUAGAGGCCAGUACAGCCCUGGUGGAUGGUGACUAUCAUAGAGAUUGUUAUAUCUCUAUGGUGACCAUAUCCCAUAUCCACCUGCUGCCAACCUGAAAGACUGUACCUCCAUUUUGAUAGAAGAUAUGAGAGCAGUGAUCGGCUUGGUGAAAAUGGUUCGCAUAGUUGUUAGUAGGUAUAUGUAAUGUAGUAGGAGAGCUUCUACCCUAUUGCGCCCAACCAAGAUUUACAAACACCUACUGGUUAGAUCCAGAGGGAAGACGAUGGGGAAACAAUUGGGACCGUCUGGAUGAUUCCGGAUCAUUCCAGCAUGCUGUGGUCUCUUGUCAUGACUCAUGACCAAUGAAUGAACAAAAUCAGUAAGACAAAGACUUCGCUAUGUAGAAUUUAUGAUAUGGGCAUUACAGGAAGAUGUCAAAAAAUCGGACUUAUUUUUAUUCUUCAGAACACCAAGAGGCAUUGGCCAUGUUCCAGGUCACCUACAUUGCAGAUGAGUUGCUCAGGUUAUUAGAUUACUAAGUCAUAUUGAUGGGGGUUCCUGCAAUAUUAAAUGCUACUUUCUCAUUUGCAGAGAUGUGAUACAGAUCGAAUUGGUCAUAGAUCUUCUACAAAUGAGGAAGU